UGUGUGAGCAACAAAGACAAGUGGUGUGGCAGGUCAUUUCCUUGUCAAGCUUCUUUGACAAAGCAGAGAAUUUCAGGUCGGAAUCAAGAUAAAGAAGAAAAAAAGGUAUGUGUUUCACUGAAAACCUCAACUGCAGAUUCAGAUCCACAGUGGUAAAAAUGGUUUUAAAGGCAAGUUUGGCAAGGCAAGGCAAGUUUAUUUAUAUGGCACAAUUCAGACACAGGGCCAUACAAAGUGCUUUACAGGGGCAAGAUUAAAAUACAUAAAACACAUUAGAAGACAUUUAAAAGCGAAUUUAAAAAAAGGUACCGUUGUUUGUGUUGACAGGAGAAUGAAGAAGACUUUUGUUUGUAAUGGAGAAAUGAUCAUCACUAUUCCCAUCGGGAGUCUGAAGGACGCUGCAGAGGGUCAACUGAUGCCGGAGAAGUUUCAGUGUGUCUACAGAGAUUCCUACAAGAUCUUUGCAAUGAGAGGGAAACCUAAACCUCUGGGAGCAGCCCAAGCCAUCGCUGGUGUCUUCAUCCUCACGCUCGGUCUGAUUUUCACUCAGACAGAAGACUUCACCAGGUUCUACACCGUCCCCAGUGUUGUGUUUGUGGUGUGUGGUAUGCUGUCCUAUGCUGCCGGACAAACUCCAAACAUGCAUGUGACCAAGCUGUCAUUCUCUCUGAACAUCAUCAGCUUCUUCUGGUCCCUGGCGGCAGGUUGUCUCUGUCUGAUCGGGAUUCUUAGUCAACACAACUCACAGGAUUUCAAGAAGGUCCAUGAAGGCAUCAAGGGACUGAUAAUGGCUCUGCUGAUUAUUGAAAAGUUAAUGGCUCUUUUCUUGAUCUACUGGUUGAGUAAAGCUGUAUGCAGACAGGAUUUCAACACCUUGCCCAUCAUACUGCUGAAGCAGGGAGACUGAGCUGAACCAUUGAAUCACCAAUCACCUAUUUAAAUGGUGCAUUUAAAUCCCUUAUUGCAUUAAAAGUGCACGAUAAUAUGUAACCCUCAAAACAUAAAACAUACAAAGAAUGUGGAAUUAACUUUUAACAUUCAGGCGCAUUUGAAAAUAUGCAAGCAUGUGAAUCACUUCUUGGAUAAAGAUGACCUUAUUAAUUGCUUUGUGUACAUCUGACUGUUUAUAUUGCAUUGUUUAAUUGUUUUAUAGCAUUAGGCCAUCAUAAAGUAAUUAUUACUGGUGGGACCUUUAAUCUCUAAGACCUGAAGAUUGUUGUAUUGUCUCAACUCCUGGGCGAUGAUAUAUUAUAGUUGAUAUUAAAACGUCUUGUGAUGUAAUCACUGUUUACUUUUGUUCUGUUUUCUGUGAACUACUUUUUGAGUUUUUCUUGUGCAAAUAAAAGUUAUUAUUUCAUCAUUUAUGCUUAAUUUGUC